GUUUAACCGCGCUUCUCAGGCCCGUCAUACUGCCGCGCCGAUCAGCUUGGUGGGGAGUGGGUCUAACACGCGGGAAGGCGCUUACCCGCCGGUUUUCCAUAUAUGGAUAAUUACAUGCAAUAGUCAUCCCCGCGCCGCACAGCCGGCUUUUGGUUGCUAGGGAUCGGGUGGCGUUGCUAUGCAGGUGAUUGACAUCAGCACGCGUCAUAUCUUUGGCGAUCUCUUUGAUGUAGACGAGGACAAUAAACACCCGCAGUUCUCACAAAAAUGGCGACUGCUAACCCCACGCCGGAGUUUCAGCGCAUCCUGCAGACAGUGUGUGAGGACUUUAGGGGUCCCUGGCCCCUGAAGCCGCUUCAGGAAGAGACGAUAAAACAUUUGGUCGAACAGAGAAACGACGUGUUUGCGUGCCUUCCGACUGGCUACGGGAAGACCGAGAUCUACACCCUAGUUCCCCUUGUUAUGGAGAGGAUGCGCGGUAAACAAUGCAUCAUGUUGGUGGUGUCGCCAUUGUUGUCCCUGAUGCAAGACCAAGUGGAGCGUCUACAGAGAAGAGGGAUUUCAGCGGCAUACAUAGGCGAGACGCAGAAAGACCCAGAGAUCAAGCGAGGCGUUGUGGAGGGGAAAUACAGCCUGGUCUUCGCGUCUCCAGAAGCACUGCUGAACUCUAAAACAUGGCGGGGCAUGCUAACCAGCUCCACUUACCGCGAGAAGCUUGUCGCCAUGACGGUAGAUGAGGCGCAUUGUGUAACGACUUGGGGUAAAGAGUUCAGAAAGGACUACAAGCGACUGGCUGAGCUAAGGUCAUUGGUUGCUGAUGUUCCUGUCCUCGCGCUAACAGCCACAGCCACAGAAGACAUCAGGAAGGACAUCCUUUCGUCCCUGUGUAUGGAGCCUGACACCUACACUGUUUCCAAACCAUCGAACAGGCCAAACAUCAUGUACCAUGCAAUAGCUGCAACCUACGACAUGAAAAAGGAGUUCCACUGGCUUCUAUCUGAACUGAAAGAUAAAGGACAGUCGUGCAGCAAGGUCAUCAUAUACUGUAGAAACAUCAAGGCAUGCUCCCAAAUGUAUAAAGUAUUUAUGAACUCGUUGGGAGAUGAUGGCUACAACCUUGAACAGGACCAAACGAAGUCAUAUAAGAAUAGGUAUGUAGCCAUGUUCCACAGAAGCACAGCUAACACGAAUAAGAAUUUUGUGUUAGAACAGUUCACGAAGACAGAUAGCAUUGUUCGGAUAACAAUUGCCACAAUUGCAUUUGGAAUGGGAAUCGAUGUACCUGAUGUAUAUGCUGUUGUACACUGGGGGGCUCCCCGAAAUGUUGAGGGGUUUUACCAGGAGAGUGGAAGAGCGGGCAGGGAUGGUCAACCUGCUCAUUCACUCAUUCUGCAUCACAGCAGAACUCUAGCGAAAGGUUCAUGCUCACCCAGCAUGGCCUCAUACUGCAAGCUAGGUAACGAUUCUUGUCGAAGGAAAUAUUUGUUAGACUAUUUCGCACUGAAGAGUACCAUUAGAGAGGAGCUGUCUGUAGAGCACACCUGUUGUGAUUCCUGUGGAGAUAGUUCAACUCUACCCUGGCAUACAAACCUGGCAUCUUCAGAAGUCUCAGAUGAAGAGCUUUUAAAAAUAGCAGCCAUUCGCCAGCCAACUUCAGACCAGCUUAAUCUGUUAAGAGAAUCAUUAAAGGACUUUAGAAGGGACUACAUGGAGGAGAUGGGACCUACAAUGUACAGUUUUAAUGUAGUCACUGGAUUUUCCCUAGCCACGAUUGAUAGCAUUGUUGAAUGUUGUGCGACAUUACUGACCAAAGAUGACAUCAUGACUGAUAUUGGCUUGUGGGAUGAAGAAGUAGUGGAUAUGGUUUUCAAUAUUUUAGAUGAAACCUUUCAAGACAAUGUAUAGGAAUGUAUAGCAUUGUAUGGUUGUCUAUGAAUGUAUAUAAUAUGUAAACUAGUUUUCAUACUUUCAUACACACUUAAUCCUAAACAGAGAAAAAUGCUUCUAUAUAUCAAUACUUUAUUUUUUACAAGACUUCAAGAGCAGUGACACUUGUAUGUAAAUAUAUACUGGUUAUUCCCUAUAUUAUACUGCUACCUGUAAGUCACUACCGGUACUGUUUCUAUACAUCAUCACUGUAUUAUUUAUAAGUCAUAUCUUCAAGAGCAAUGAUUGCUGUAUCUGAAUAUUCACUGAAUGGUGGUUAUUCCUUACAUAUGUAGCAUAGUGCCAAGUCACUGAUUACGUCUUCUUUUUUAUAGAAUAUAACGUAAGUGGCGAAUGACCUGGAAAUGACUUGGCAAUGUUUUCAUAUACUAGUAAUAUAUGUAAUACCUUAGUUGAGUACAAGUCUGUGGACAAAAUACAUUGGAGUACCUGAUUUGACCAAACUUAAUCAUGUACAUUAAACUGAUGAAAACAAA